GAAAUUCUCAAAGUGUUGAGAGUCUGAGAAAGUCGGUCGAUCGCGAAACUCGAAGAACUUUAGCUGGAUCAGUGACGCUUGUCACACGUGACCAUUUGAUCUUCGACCCCGCGAGCGCGACGUGUCCGACUGCGUCAACGUAUAGAUUUCACACAUUCCCUUCCUUCCUGUUAUCAACACCAAGAUGCACACAAUAAUAACGCGAGCGAACAAUAUCUCUGCUUUUCUCUCGUCCUGCGCAAUGGCUCUGUUGGGCAUAAUCACCGUCACUUCAAUGCUUGGGACUUACUUCCAGCCCCCACUGCAGGGCGGAGCUGUUACUGUCAAGGGUCUGAAAGUGAUGCAUGGGAGAGGGAAACACUACCAGACCCAGCACGCAGUCGUCAAUUUUGAGAUUGAUUCUGACUUGAGCCCGCUUUUCAAUUGGAACACGAAACAAUUGUUCCUCUAUCUUGAAGCAGAGUACAAGAACUCCAAAGGUGUUCAAAACUCUGUGGUCAUCUGGGAUAAGAUUGUCCGUAGGAAGGAGGAUGCGAAUAUCAAGAUUGAAGGCAGACAGAAGUAUCCCUUCAAGGAUCUCGUUGGAUUCAAAGAUGCAGCUGCAACAUAUACCCUUCGCUACAAUGUGAUGCCUCAUGUCGGCACAUUGGUCUGGGGCUCCGCCGGAAGCACAAACGGAAGUGUGCCCUUCCCAGCCAUGAGCAGCGCGUGAAGGUGAAACACGGUCGUAAAUAUAUCAGCACUACACCUGCAUUCAGGCUGUUGGGAUCUAUCUCUUUUGCGAUUCAAUGUGUAACAUUGGUGCUCCAGCUAUCAUCUACAACCGGAACGACAACAGGUC